AUGAGUCUUCAGCAACCGGACAUGUAUUACGACAAUCCUCCUGCAAGUCGCUCUCCCCAUGCGCAGCGCCACCAGCCUCAACUGCACCGUCAGUCGUCGCGCCAAUUUGACUCGUACGCUCAUCUGCCCUCGGGUCUGUACGGCGCCGAGGACCAGCAGCAGCAACGUUUUGAUGCUCCUCGCUACAAUGACAGAAUGGCCGCACCUCCCAACAUGCACCAAAACAUGAAUCAGAAUAUGAAUCAGAACAUGAACCAAAACUAUGGUGGAUACGACAUGGGCGCGCAAAACUGGAACAGCGCCGCCUUUGGAAGCAAUACCAUUGGCGCCUUGGGUGCUUCCCAGCGCAGACGUGGACCGCAACAGGCUCCCAGAAAUGGUCUCCCUUCGGUAAGCACCAGCGCGGUUUCCCAUCAACAUGGGUUGGGUCUGACUAACGCUGGUGGACAGGCCUGGCUCGACCAGCCCCAACCUAUGCCUCAAGUCUCUCCCUAUCUUGGCCUUGGCGGAGGUGUCCUCGGUGCGCCGUCAAUUAGAUCGGAUCAGCUUGGUUCCGAGCCCGAUGAGGAGCUCAUCCCUACUGCUAUCGUCAUCAAGAACAUUCCAUUUGCUGUCAAGAAAGAGCAAUUGGUCCAGCUGAUGACUGACAUGGGUCUUCCUCUUCCCUACGCCUUUAACUACCAUUUCGACAAUGGCGUUUUCCGCGGAUUGGCUUUCGCCAACUUCACCUCGCCCGAUGAGACCGCUGCUGUUAUCGAUGCUAUGAACCACUUUGAGCUCCAGGGCAGAAAAUUGAGAGUCGAGUAUAAGAAGAUGCUUCCUGCAGCCGAGCGUGAGAGAAUCGAAAGAGAGAAGCGCGAACGUCGCGGACAGCUCGAGGAGCAGCAUCGUCCCAUGGCAACCCAGACUCUGCAGACUCAGACUUCCAUGUCCUCCCUGACUGGCCACAUGCCUCCCGCCUCUCCUUCGCCUGUGUCAGCUGGCAAUGUCGGACUCGCUGUUGAUCUCAACAACCCUGACACCCUCAAGGUCUACUCGGAUCUGCUAAUCUUCAAAGAGGACAAGAGCAGAGAUCUUUUCAUCUUCCCCUCUAACCUGAGCCCUCCUCAGAGACGUGUCAUCCACACCAUUUCUCAUCACAUGGGUCUUGCUCACAUCUCCAAGGGACAGGCUGACCAGCGUGCUGUCCACGUCUACAAAGAAGCUCCUCGCCAGAGGCUCAGCCCUCCAAUGCCUCAGAUUCAGGCUAUCCAGCAGGGCGAGACGCAGAGAAGAGGCCUCAACCGCGCUGCAACGACUGACUUCACCGAUGUCCGCAACCAAGACGCUUUCUACAACCCCACUGGUAUUCGUCACCAGCAGUCUGGUUACCUUGCCGGCUUCCAGGACGCUCCCAACACUCUUGCCGCGGGUCCUAACCUUCGUGCUGCCAAGUCUUUUGCUGAUUUGCGCUCUUACACUCCUUCCCCUGUUCCUUCCACCGCAAGUUUCCCUGCUACUCUUGGCAACAACGUCUCCCGCUUUGCCGAGUACGCUCGUGAGAACGGCGGUACUCCUGCCAUCACUCCCACUGGUACCGCUGCACCCAUUGGCACCCGUGGAGACGAGAGCAUGCUCGUCAACGGGCUCGGCAAUAUGAACAUUGGCGGCCCUUGCUUUGCCAGCAGCCCUCGCGGUCUGCGUGGUAUGAUGUCUUGGGACCGUGAAUCCAACCCUGGACCUAUCGGUGGCCACCGCUCCUUCAGCACCAAUAACACCGGCUAUGACGAGCAGCCUCGUGAUCGCAACCAGGGCGUGCCCUCUCGCCAGCCUCGUGGUCCUAUGCCCGAGCGUGGCUCUGGCUUCCCUCGUCGCAAUGGUCACAUGGCUCGCGGCAGCGAUGAGCUGUCGCAACAGUCCGGUGUCGAGAUCACUGUCGAGUAG